AUGUGUGAUUCCAUCCUAGAUCUGCCACUUGAUGCGACUGUGCGCGAUAUUAUUUACGACAAGUUGCGAUUACAUGCCGAGAUACGGUUUCCGAUCAAGAAAGUCCAGAAAACAAGCGACAAUAUAUUUCUUUUGAUUCAAGCUAUCCUUGGGGGAAUACCAUUAGGCGGUGGAGAUAGUCAGUCUCAUUAUGAGGUAUCUACCGUAUUUCGUCAUAUUUCUCGUAUAGCCACAGCCGUCGUAGAAGUUGCGAUAGUGAAGAAGAGUGGUGCCCAAGCGAAGCAUGGUUUGGAGCUGGCUAGAUGCUUAUAUGCAAAAGUUUGGGAGGACCGGCCAGUGGUUCUUCGUCAGAUAGAACACAUAGGCGAAAAAUCAGUCACCGAAACCAAUGUCACCCCAAGUAACGGAAAGGACCCUGUUGAAAUCAAACUAUCAAUACAAUGCACGAAAGCCCUGGGGGAGCCCAAGAUAUUCCCGAUCAGCGCUCAAUUGACUAAACCCGACCAAUCGAUAUUUGUUUACGUCUCGCCGGAAAUGGAUCUCGCAGGACUGGAAGACGAUCCUGACUUCUGGAAUAUGGACUUUGCCGACGAGGACGAGGAAACUGUAUUCGUGAAAGAUCCGACGAAAACUCUUGGACAAAUCGUCAUGCCGCCAUCUUUGCCAUUCUACCAUUUCAAGCCAAAAUUCAUAGCUGCCGAGAAGGAUUAUCUAAGCCUUCUCAAGUGCCAAAAAAGCGACUUCAGCCAAACACCGAGUACCCCAAGGAAUAUAACCAGGACCUUGGAUCUUCGUCCCAAAAGUACCGAACGCAAUCAAAAACCACCAGAAGGCCACUGUCUCAAACUAGCUAAUAUAUCUUCCGGAGACGUCUCGCAGCAGAAAACGCGAGUAACCCCCAACUUCGACCUAGAAUUCAUCCAUGCUACUCGCCAAAUCAAAAAAUUGAUAUCCAUAUCUUCAGAAACCAGCUAUUCAAGUUCGGAAACAGAUUCUCUUAUUCGCAAUCUGCCUUUGGAGUUCCUCGAGCCAUCUACUUCCCACUAUCAACGAACUAUGUCUCAGAAGGCAGGCCACCAUAGAGGCAAUUCCGGAUCGUCUAUCAAUGGCCGUUAUGAAGCAGCAAAUGAGUGUCCCCCGACAAAGAAGCCAAGAUUUGAUGUAGGGGGCGGGUGUUGUCUCGUCACGCCCUCUGGCUUACUCGAUGAAAAGAAAACAGGAUUCUCGGGCUCGCCUGCUAAGGUCCAGACAGAAGAACGACAAUCUUUAUCAGAUAUAUCUGAACAGGAUGACACGGUCGAUGAAGAUACCCCUCGAGGGUACACUUUGGAGAACGCCGCACGCGAACAAACAGGCAACAGAUACGAAAGCUACUUUGACGUUCUGCGAACUACUUCGACUGGCUCUUCUGGGAGAAUCACCAAUGACUCGGAUGAUCCCUGGGCAGAAUUUGAACGAUGGUUGAAGAGUGGAGCAGUGGAUUUGUCGAGAAUUGCUGGUCCCGCAGUGACCAAAAUUGACCCCCACCUCUGGCUUUUGUUGGAUAUUUGGUCCCUCAAGGCACGGGAACAGGCGCGGGAGAAGGAUUCCUUGGGCAAAUGA